AUGGCGGCUGCUGAGCGCUACAACGCCAACCAGUUCUUGGCUUUUGGGUUGGAUAUUGUUGGCUUUGAACGAUGGGAGUUUAUGCAAGAGAAUGCCAACAUUGAUCGGUUUACGAAUGCAUUCGGAGCCAAGCCAAUUACAUGCGAGCAGAUGUGGAGUGAUCUUGUCACGAUGGACCCACCACUUCGAAUCCUUGCCGAUGGAAUCUAUUCUGCCGAAGAGGAAAGUGACAUCAUCAGUACGAAGAAUGAGUUCGAUCCUUAUGACAUUGAAGAGUUCAAAGACAGAGCACUUUCUCGCCAAGAGAAAUUCAAUUUACUUCUAAAGAAAUGGGAUGUCCUCCACACGAUGUUUCGCCAUGACCAGGGUGACUUUUUAGUUGCCCACAGAUCAUGCAUGGAAGCAGUCACCGCCAUUGCCCUCUACCAACUCGACAACGGAAGCUACAGCCUAUUCGAUCCUUAUCCGGAUCCCAGUUAG